AUGACGCCUCUUUUGAUGCAGAGUUCGCAUUCGCGCUGCAAGACCAAGCGGACGAGUGGAGUGACCAUUCGGAACCAGAGCCAGAAACCUCCUAUCGCCUCUUCGACUCUUCAGAUUACCAGCCCCUGGCGCGCAGACCCUUUCGGGGAACCCGGCCCGGGGGACGAGGCCGUGACUUCCCAGCAUUUGACUUCCGCUCCACCAGAGGAGGCUGGAAUAGACGUUUCCCCAGUAGAGGCCCACGGCUGGCUAGUCAACUUCGACAAAAGCCAUCUACAACCAACCCAACGCCUGCAGCAUCUAGGGGCAAUGUUAGACACACUGCAAGCGACUGUAUUCCUGUCCCCAGAUCGCAUCACCGCUAUCACAGACAUCGCAAGGUCUCUGAUGCACAAAUCUUCUGCAGAUGUCAUGCUUCUAGCCAGGGCUCUCGGAAUGUUGGUAUCCACCAUCCAUAUUGUGCCAUGGGCUCAGGCACAUACGCGCCAGCUACAGUGGGCCCUGUUGCCAUUCCAACACGACAUUGCCAACUCAAACCAUCGAGCAAUCCCCCUGAGUCCCACACUGCGCUUGUCUUUCCGCUGGUGGACAAGGGUACAACAUCUCACCCAAGGCACUCCGUUCAGAGAACCCCACCGGACUGUCAUUACCACCGAUGCCAGUCUCCUGGGUUGGGGAGCCCACUGCAACUCCCAGUUCGUUCAGGGAGUUUGGAACACAGCAGAACAAACUCAAAACAUCAACUGGCUGGAACUAAAGGCUGUCCACUUAGCUCUGCUUCAUUUUCAGUCUCUCUUCCACUUGGACCAUGUCCUCAUUCGAACGGACAACACGUGUGCCAAAUCUCAUUUAAACAGACAGGGAGGCACCAGGUCCAGACCUCUACAGAGCCUAGCUUCCAUCAUAUUUGACUGGGCAGAACAACAUCUAAGGUACGUCGCGAGAGGGCACAGCUGGUUCUGA